AUGCUUUCACCCCGCUGGGGAUUUGACAUAGAGCCUGACAUGAGGGCAUACUCGUUGACCAAGCUUGUUCUAGAUAGCAGCACGAAGUUAGCCGAGUUUGAUGAGCUGGUUCUGGACCAAGCAGUCUCUCUUGGCAAUCCUCACCAAGAUCUCUACCCUGACACAAGAAGGCCUCCCGUGGAUGUUGUCGCUGACUACUUGUUCCUUGUGUUGAAGUUUGUAUGGAAGAGAAUUCAAGAUAUCCCAGAUCUGCCACUCCACGAUAUGCCUGUUGAACUUCAAUUCACCAUUCCUGCAAUCUGGUCCGAUCAAGGUCACAAACUAAGCACGCAGGCCAUAGAUCAGGCGUGGACUUUUAAGAGACCACAGGAUACGCUUACAAUAACCUCCGAGCCUGAAGCAGCCGCGGAAGCUAUGCAUGUCUACCUCAAGAAUAACGGUAUGCUCCAGAACGGAGACGGGAUUUUGGUCUGCGACUGUGGCAGUGGGACAGUGGUGUGUCGUCUUGUUCCAAAUUCCUACUACAAUUCGAAAUUAUAUACUAAGGGCGCUAUUAACCAUUCACUUCAAGGAUAUCACAACAUUACUUGUUAUGGAUUGCACCAGCUUCAAUCCAAAUGUGGAGGUGCAGCUAUUGACAGGCGACUGUUUGAUCUCAUGAAAAACCGACUCCCCCAGAACGUUUUUGAACACCUGAACCAUCUGAUUGCUCCAGGGAGCGAGUUUAUGGGGAGUUUCGAACAUGUCAAAAGGAGCUUUGGAAGUACAAAAGCACAAGGCCCUUUCCAUUUACCACUCCGUGUCAGAAGAGGUCGAGCAGCUUAUGGCAUGUCGGAUUUUAAUAUGAAGACAGGCAUGUUUACUCUUGUAUCCGAAGAUGUUCAAACAUUGUUUGACCCAGUUAUUGACAAUAUUAUUCACCUGGUCAAUUCGCAGAUUGAAGCCGCAGAUAGAGAGUACGGUUCCCCGGUGAUCAAUAAAAUUCUCCUGGUUGGGGGACUGGCAUCGUCACCUUGCCUUCAAGAUGCAUUUCGUCGCAACUUUGAAGUCUCAGGAAGAUCGUUAAUAACACUUCCACCGCGGGAAUCAGUUAUGGCUGUUUCUACUGGAUCGGCACUCCAAGCCAUGCGUGCAAAAUUCAGAAGUCCUCGUCAUUACGGAGUUGGUUCACCAUUGCCCCGAGGCAGGCUUAAUUUCCAGCGUAUGGAGAUUCAGAGAGAAGUAGAGGAGAUAAAAUGGUUCAUCGUCAAGGGCAAGAGAUAUCAGGAAGGACUCAUCUAUGCUCAUACAAACGCUGUGUCGUAUCACCUGUACCAUGAGCACGAUGCCAAGGUGAUGGUCAUCCCAGUGUAUUCUUGUGAGCUAUCAAGUCCACCGUACCCUGCACACGCUGCUCAAUUCAACGAUCUCACAGUGGUUGGGUACAUUUUCGCUGACUUCUCCACGCUUGAUCUUGAAGCUUGUUGUCAUGAAUGGAAUCCGAAUGCGCGGACAGUGUAUAGGCUGAAUUACUCCGUCGGGUUCAAUUUUGACGCGGAAAACAGGGCCUUGAGAUUUACCGUGGAGGCACUUCAGGUGGUAAUUGGAACCGCAAGCAUUGGACUGGACUUUUGA